AAUCACAGAUUCGCUGAAACGUCGUCUCUCGUUCUCCUCUCCCUCUCUCGUCUUCAACGUUUUGAGAUUUGCAGAUUCCGUCAUGACCUCCGGCGGAAACUCUAUCGGAUCCACCGUCCCAGCGGAGACGGAAAAGAUGUUCUUCUGCUACCAAUGCAAUCAGACGAUCACCAUCUCUAUUACUUCCUCCGCUGAUCCUUUUUGUCCUCUGUGCAACGAAGGUUUCCUCGAAGAAUACGUAGACCCUAACCCUGAUCCAAUCCCCAAUCUGAUUCUUCCGAUGUCGGAUCCAAUCUCAUCUCGCUUACCUUUCAUCCCAGUCAUGGACUUCACGAAUCCGAGUUUCUUAGGGCAAUCGAUGGAGCCACAGGCUACUACUCAGCGACAGCCUGAUGCUUUCGAUCCGGUUAGAUUUAUUCAUAACCAUCUCCUGCAACUUCAAUCAAGCGGAAUCAAUGUUCAGUUUUUGUUCGAGAAUCAACUCUCGGAUGCAGCUAAUCCGUUACCAGGAAAUCACGGAGAUUACUUCUUUGGGCGUGGUCUUGAGGAUCUGAUUCAACAACUAGCUGAAGAUGAUCAGAAUCGAUACGGAACUCCUCCAGCUUCGAAAUCAGCCAUUGAUGCGCUCCCAACUGUGAAAGUGACUAAAGAGAUUUUGCAAUCGGAAAUGAAUCAGUGUGCUGUUUGUAUGGAUGAGUUUGAAGAUGGUAUUGAAGCUAAGCAGAUGCCUUGUAAGCAUGUGUACCAUCAUGAUUGCUUGCUUCCAUGGCUGCAGCUGCAUAACUCGUGUCCGGUUUGUCGACAUGAGUUACCCACGGAUGAUCCUGAUUAUGAGAACAGGACUCGGGGAGGUCAGACGAGUGGAGACGGGGAGGGAUCAUCGGGUGAGGCCCAGACGCCGAGGAGGUUUAGUAUAUCGUUUCCAUGGUCAUUCAGGAGACCAGAUGCAAAUUCAGAUUCUGGCAGUGGAUCUGAUAUGGAUACUAGAGAAGACGAUUUGGAUUGAGUCUUUGCUUGGUUUGGAAAAUAAAACGUGAAGGAGAGCCAAUACAGAAAAAAAAAAGCAAAUUCAUUUUUGUUUACACUCAAAAACUGAUAAGAAGAUGACGAAGAAAACUGUAUAUUGCGUUUAAUCAGGUUUCAAUGUAAAAUCUACUGUACAUAUCACAAAACGUCUCCUUCUUUUGGGUUCGUUAGGGAUUUGAUUUAUAUUUUACGAAACUGAGAAUUUUUAAAAUUGUAAUUUUAUCUGUACUGUAAUUUGUAAUCAAAAUGUUUACCGUAUAGUUUGUUGCGUAAUAAAUAACUUUUAAAGAAUA